CCCUUCAAAGUGGCUGACCUGAGGCAGGCGAUGCCCUUAGGACUAGGGAAUGUAAGUGCGGUGUCAGUUGCCACGGGAACUGUUUACUGGCCAAUCACCGAGAGAAAGAGGAGGUGUUCAGAAAGAAACCAAACGGGACCCUAGAGGUGGGACAAAGCGCGACCAAUAGAAACAGGAAAUGAAGUUUCGCCACAUCCGGCAUUGCCUGCGGCGCUUGCGCUCUGGGCUGAAGAGGCCGGUGACGUCCGGUGAAGUCCAAGAUGGCGCUAGGCUGAUCCUGCUGCAGGUGACAGAAGUGCCACCCACGCCUGCCCGACGUCCCUCGGGAGACCCUGCGCCGCUCCUCGUCUCCGCGGCCAUGUCUGGACCCGGCAACAAACGCGCCGCCGGCGACGGGGGCUCAGGGCCCCCAGAGAAGAAGCUGAGCCGUGAAGAGAAGACCACAACCACGCUCAUAGAGCCCAUUCGUCUUGGGGGCAUCUCUUCCACGGAGGAGAUGGACCUGAAGGUUCUGCAGUUCAAGAACAAGAAACUAGCAGAGCGGUUGGAACAGCGACAGGCUUGUGAAGAUGAACUCCGAGAACGAAUUGAGAAGCUGGAGAAGCGGCAGGCCACAGACGAUGCCACACUUCUCAUUGUCAAUCGCUACUGGGCCCAGCUGGAUGAAACCGUGGAAGCCCUUCUCCGACACCAUGAGAGCCAGGGGGAGCUGUCUUCAGGGACAGAGGCGCCUGGGACCCAGGAGGGACUGACACGUGAUGAGACCCCUGUCACAGAGCCAGGGACAUCGGAGCUGAGGGAGCCUCUGCCGGUGCAGCCGCGGCCCCCUCUCAGUGAGCCAGCCUUGGCUUUUGUGGUAGCACUGGGCGCCAGCAGCAGUGAGGAGGUGGAGCUCCAGCUGCAGGGCCAGAUGGAGUUCUCUAAGGCAGCUGUGUCCCGGGUCGUAGAGGCCUCAGACCGCCUACAACGCCGGGUGGAGGAACUCUGUCAGCGAGUAUAUAGCCGAGGGGACAGCGAGCCCCCCAGUGAGGUGGCUCGGGCGCGCACCCGGGAGCUGGGUCGUGAGAACCGGCGACUGCAGGACUUGGCCACCCAGCUACAGGAGAAGCACCACCGCAUCUCUUUGGAGUAUUCUGAGCUCCAGGAUAAAGUGACGUCAGCAGAGACCAAGGUGCUAGAGAUGGAGACGACGGUGGAGGACCUGCAGUGGGACAUCGAGAAGCUGCGCAAGCGUGAGCAGAAGCUCAAUAAGCACCUGGCGGAGGCCUUGGAGCAGCUCAACUCUGGCUACUAUGUGUCUGGGAGCUCCUCGGGUUUCCAGGGGGGCCAGAUCACACUCAGCAUGCAGAAGUUUGAGAUGCUGAAUGCAGAGUUGGAAGAAAACCAGGAAUUGGCCAACAGCCGGAUGGCAGAGCUGGAGAAGCUACAGGCCGAGCUUCAGGGGGCUGUGCGGACCAAUGAGCGCCUCAAGGUAGCCCUGCGGAGCCUUCCUGAGGAGGUGGUGCGGGAAACGGGGGAGUACCGGAUGUUGCAGGCCCAGUUCUCACUGCUCUAUAAUGAGUCUCUGCAAGUGAAGACCCAGCUUGAUGAGGCCCGGGGGCUGCUGCUGGCUACCAAGAAUUCCCACCUGAGACACAUUGAGCACAUGGAGAGCGAUGAGCUGGGGCUACAGAAGAAGCUGCGCACAGAGGUUAUCCAGCUGGAGGACACGCUGGCCCAGGUACGCAAGGAGUACGAGAUGCUGCGCAUCGAGUUUGAACAGAACCUGGCGGCCAACGAGCAGGCGGGGCCCAUCAACCGUGAGAUGCGCCACCUGAUCAGCAGCCUCCAAAACCACAACCACCAGCUAAAGGGGGAUGCCCAGCGAUACAAGCGGAAGCUGCGGGAAGUGCAGGCUGAGAUUGGCAAGCUCCGGGCCCAGGCCAGUGGCUCAACCCACUCCAUUCCGAACCUGGGCCACCCAGAGGACUCUGGCCUCAGUGCCCCAACCCCAGGGAAAGAAGAGGGUGGGCCAGGCCCUGUCAAUGCCCCUGACAGCAGAAAGGAGGUGGCUUCAGUGCCUGGUGCCACCAUUGCUGCCUCCUCAGCAAAGAAAGAGGAGCUGGCCCCCUCUGAGGAAGAUUCCCAGGCCUUAACUCCUGGGUCCCAGGGCCCCUCCUCCCGGAGCCGAGAACCUGAGGCCAGGCCCAAGCGGGAGCUUCGGGAGCGGGAAGGGCCUGGCCUGGGACCCCCAUCUGUAGCCUCAGCUCUCUCAAGAGCUGAUCGGGAGAAGGCCAAGGUGGAGGAGGCCAAGAGGAAGGAGUCAGAACUCCUUAAAGGUCUCCGAGCAGAGCUCAAGAAGGCCCAGGAAAGCCAGAAGGAGAUGAAACUGCUGCUGGACAUGUACAAGUCAGCACCCAAGGAACAGCGGGAUAAGGUGCAGCUCAUGGCAGCCGAACGCAAGGCCAAGGCUGAGGUCGAUGAACUACGAGGCCGCAUUCGGGAAUUGGAGGAGAGGGACCGAAGAGAGAGCAAGAAAAUUGCUGAUGAGGAUGCCCUGCGGCGCAUUCGGCAAGCCGAAGAACAGAUCGAACACCUGCAGCGCAAGUUGGGUGCUACCAAGCAGGAAGAAGAGGCUUUGCUGUCGGAGAUGGAUGUGACGGGUCAGGCUUUUGAGGACAUGCAGGAACAAAAUGGGAGGCUGCUACAGCAGUUACGGGAGAAGGAUGAUGCCAACUUUAAGUUGAUGUCAGAACGGAUCAAGGCCAACCAGAUUCACAAGCUACUGCGGGAGGAGAAGGAUGAGCUGGGCGAACAAGUUCUUGGCCUCAAGUCCCAGGUGGAUGCCCAGCUGCUGACCGUGCAGAAGCUGGAGGAAAAAGAGCGGGCCUUGCAGGGCAGCCUCGGGGGUGUAGAGAAGGAGCUGACGCUGCGCAGCCAGGCCCUGGAGCUCAACAAAAGGAAGGCUGUGGAAGCAGCCCAGCUGGCCGAGGACCUAAAGGUGCAGCUGGAGCACGUACAGACGCGGCUGCGAGAGAUCCAGCCUUGCCUGGCAGAGAGCCGGGCCGCUCGCGAGAAAGAGAGCUUCAACCUCAAGAGGGCUCAGGAGGACAUCUCCCGACUGCGGCGCAAGUUGGAGAAGCAGAGGAAGGUGGAGGUUUACGCAGAUGCCGAUGAAAUUCUCCAGGAGGAGAUCAAGGAGUACAAGGCGCGGUUGACCUGCCCCUGCUGUAACACCCGCAAGAAGGAUGCGGUCCUUACCAAGUGCUUCCACGUUUUCUGCUUCGAGUGCGUGCGGGGCCGCUAUGAGGCCCGCCAGAGGAAGUGCCCCAAGUGCAACGCAGCCUUUGGUGCCCACGACUUCCACCGUGUCUACAUCAGCUGAACCCGUAACUCAGGGGACUUUGGAACACCCAUGGACCCUGGGGGCUGUGCCUCCAGUCCCUCCCUGCCCCACAUUCAGUGGCCCUUACCCUCCAUUCCGGAACUUGGGGGCCCAGCCCCUCUCCACCUAGUUGGUUUGGGGGUCCCAGUGCAUGCUAGUGGGAGUGAGAUCUGGCAAGCUCAGUUAUACCUUUUCCACACAGAGCUACAGCCUAAGGGGCAUCUGCCCUGCAGGAAGGGUCAGCUGUGAGAGGCCUGAGGGUCCAGAGCAUUCAACUGAGCUUCCUGGAAGCUGACCUUAAUCCUUCUCCAGCUGUCUCCCUGGGCCCAUCCCUGUCCGAAGGGUGAAAUCCCCCAGGCUGUGACCUCCCACUCAAGAGGAGGCUCACUACCUGCUUGCUUAUACACCCACAAGUGAGGACCAAGGGUGGGCCAGUUUCCCCACCUCCUGAACUCUUGGGCCCACGGAGACUUUUCCACACUUGGGUGGGACUUCCCUCCUGUGGAUUCACUGGGCUCUUUGGUCUGACCCUUAUGCUAAGGGCUGAAGGAGGUACUCCCCUGUAAGGGGGAGGGUGGGUGGGGGGGGGUGGGAGCACUGUCCUCUUCUGGGAAACUCUGGCUGUUGCAGUCACCUUGCCCUCAUCUCAGGGGUGCUGAACCAAGAUCAUCAGUCUUUAUUCUAAUCAGCCUCCCCCCACCCAUCUGUUUCUCUCCCAAACCCACUUACCCCCCACCUCAUGCUUCCCAAACUCUGACCCUGCUUUCAUCCUGGUGGCCUUAACUUCAUGGAGGCAUUAUGUCCCAGGAGGGGAAGGGACAGACUAGCGGCUGGGCCAACUUCCGAUCAUUCCAGGUAGAGGAGCUUCAUCUAACACCCUGUGACUGAGCCUGUCCCCAUGAUGCUACCUGUGCUGUCUGCCCAAGCAAACUCCCAUGGUUGUGAAGGCAGCAGGCAGGGGCCUGGAAGAUGGAGCUGCUGACAGGUGCAAGGGUCCAUUCAGACCCACAGGCCCUGCUCUGGAGAUGUCUUGUAUAGGCUGUUAAUGUUAUGAAUAAACAUCCAACCCUCAGCCUGCA